CCUCAGGACGGAGAAGUGCGUUGAUAUGCCAAGGAAGACCAUGGCUUCAUUCAUAUUUCUGCUGAUACUGCCAUGCUUCGUCACUGCCCAGCUGACGGAAGAAACUUUGCAGUUUGUUGAAGAUUACUUUACACUCAAGCAUGUUCGUAUCAUCAGUUGCUUCACAUGCUCUAAACAUGACAGCUACAGAGUCGCCAAAGCUCUGACGUCGUCGGGAAGGUUUUGGAUGGUGUCGCCAGACCCCGAGCAGCCAGUUAGCCAUACACCACGACUGGUGCCCAUUAUGAAGAACGGAUACUAUUACAAAUUAGGCGUUUUUCUCGACUACGACUGUACUGCUAGCAAACAGUAUCUUGCUGAGAACUCGGAAAGACGGUUCAUUAACGCCACUUUCAACUGGCUGAUCUGGAGUAAAUAUAAGUACACGCCUGAGAUAGAAACCAUCAACCUGAGCAUAGACACAGAGAUGACAUGGGCGUACCCUGACACUUCUUUGGAUCGAACUAUCUUGUACGACCUUUACAAGAUAAAUUACAGCUGGCCAGUAAAUGGAACUCUGGCGGGACACUGGACCUCCAAACGGGGUAUCAUUUUCAAUCUUAACCAGUAUAAAUACUCUCGAAGAAAGGAUCUCAGAGGAAUCGUUUAUAAAGCUGCACUGGUGGUUAACAACAUUCCGACAACAAAUUUGGAAGAGGAAUUAAUUAAACCUGAAAACAAAGCUAAGGAUUCCAUGGCUACCUACAAUUAUAAGGCAUUUCUUCUAAUGCAGCAGAUGUACAAUUUUUCGAAAACAAUACUCCACACGAAUACAUUCGGGUACGUAGUGGAGGAUGGUAAACCCGAGGGACUGGUUCGUAUGAUGAAGUAUGGAGAAGCUGAUGUGAGCAUCUCCGCCUUGAAGCUUAACCAUCGUCGCAUAGACAUGUCUGACUUUUGUCCUGUCCACACCUGGGAGUUGCGGGUAUGUGCCAUUUUUCGGCAUCCCCAGAUAACGGACUCGUAUGGCGUUCUCUUAAAGCCCUUUGAGCCGACGCUAUGGUUGGGCUGUGGCCUCAUCUGGUUGCUGAUGAUGAUAGCUCUCCGAUUUAUUUCCUUCUUCGAGUCUCAGUACUAUGUAGUGGACAACCUGCAUGAACGCAACAAGACAGAACUGGAAGAAGCUUGGACAUGGAGCGACACCCUCGUUAUCAUUAUGGGAGCUGUUGGUCAGCAGGGGUCUACGAUGGACUCCAAGUGGAUCACGGGUCGCAUUGUGUUUCUCAACACCCACAUACUUGCGCUCAUGAUGAAUGUGUAUUACUCGGCUUUCGUCGUGUCCUCGCUAUUGUCGGCACCCAGACAGAGCAUUCGAAACACCAGGGAUCUGAUCGACAGCUCGUUAACGUUUGGUGCAGAAGACAUCAACUACAACCGACCAUUUUUCGAGAUGAACUCGGAUCCGCUGGUACAAGAACUGUAUCAAACGAAGAUGGCACCCCCACACACGGGAUACUUUUCACGUGAAAUGGGUCUCCAGAAAGUGCUGAAUGAACGUUUCGUGUUCCACACCGAAGCCAUCAACAUAUACAAAGUAAUUGAAGAAACCUUCACUGAACAGGCAAAGUGUGAUCUUACCGAGAUUCAAGUAUUACCGAUUUGGCAAUGCUAUCCAUUCGUACCUAGAACAUCGCCUUUGAAGGAACUUCUUACAUACGGGUACCGGCGGGCGGCUGAGAGUGGACUCAUCAGCCACUUGAACAGACAUUGGCGUCCAACUAAGCCGGCAUGUUCCGUGAAAACCGAGUUUCGUAGCGUAGGUACUGACACCAUCGUGUUCGCAAUAUGGCUGUUGGGAGCGGGCACGCUUAUCUCUGUAAUUAUCUUCGCCACAGAAAUCAUCUUACGCAGCAGGUUCAGGCGCUCCUGCAAUACGCCAGAAUGAAAUUCAUCGCACCGCCUGGGAUGGAAUGUAGAACACUAGCAAUGACAUCCGGAGAAAAAUAACUUCAAACUUGGCACUGAACAUAUCACUGGUACAAACAACACAUUUUGGUUAACAGUAGAUAUCAUAGGAAUCACUUAUUGUGAUAAGAACAUUUAUUUAAAACCAUCUCAUACAACGCAUAAUUGUAAAAUUACCGACUUGUAUGGUUAUAAUUAGUGAAUGCCUUUUAAAAUAAGGAUUGCAAGUGAGUGGAUUAAGACGCACGAAGGAAAUGAGAAAUUAGCAAACAAAUGACUCCAUGGAACAAAUCCUUCCUGAGAAGUUUGCAGUUGCUCAGCUGGUGAAAAUUCCCUGCGUUUGAUGGAACUCCAGUGUUCAGUACUAUGAACACAAAAGCCUGUCCGUUCUACCCGGUAACUUGCUGCCUUCACAGCCCCCCUAACAAAAUAAUUACAGGGUCAAUAAUACUUAUUUUGCCAUUUUACUUUACAAAAUACCCUUCUUGCACCCACUUCGUAUGUCUUACAUAUGCUGUACCGUAUUAAGCUGGUACGCUACCAACAGCUUCACUCGUGAGUCGCCAGACAUCUGCCAACUUCAAAAUGCUGUUUCAUUAAACAAAUUCUCUUUACUUGAGCCCAAAUUAAUGUUAUAGGAUUAACUGGCAAAUGUAUGGUACUAAACGUUUAUCUUGAUGACCCAAUUCAUUAUCGAUUUGGCGAAGUUCAUGUAUAGGUUGCGUCGAAGUCCUUAUACACCUGUAGGAACAAACAUUGGAAAUGGGACGUGAUUCAGAAGCCCCUGUGCAUAUAUACGUCCCACGUCGCGUACGUGAUUUAUAUGUUCUUAUGGGUGCACAGGGAAUUGUGAAUCAUUCCGUAUUUUGUUCGACCUCUUGAAGUGAAUAAGCUAAAGCAAUUCUUCUCGGGUCUCGGUUGAAUCUACUCAAAAUUGUUCUAUUUCAGCUACUCAAUUUCAGACUUUCUGAGUUCUCCGAAAGCAGUUCCUUCGACACAAUCGAGUGACAGUUGACAUUAUCCAUCAAGAUUGUUGAACCUUAUCCCAGACAAUUAACAGUCACUUAAGGAACUUGUAAAAAUAUAUGUACAUAUUUUAGGGACUGAUCCUGAUUCUCCCAGUUUCUUUCAAGCAGAAAAUGGUCCUAGUGGCACCUGAUAAACUGUUAUAAGAACUUACACAUUUAAUACCUCAACACCUCUUCCGUCUAUUAAAAUGUCCCUUCUACUGUUAAAAUUCUUAUACAUGAAACCAAUUUUCCUUAAUAUUGUUAAUACAGAGUCGGUAUGGCCCAGAAAACUCCUUUCUUCUCCAAGACACUUCUACGUUUAUAUGCUGUAGGAUGUUCACCCCUGUCAUAACAUUCAUGUACUGUACGACGCAGAACAUCUUAAAGUUGUCAUGUUUGUAAAGUAAUUUUCCUUUUGUGUGUCUAUUAUCUCCUGACAGAACCAAACAUCCGGUUAACGGAGAAUCAAAAGCUUCACUGCACACACUUUGCAUUGUCUUACGACGCACACCACAUACUUUUGCUGUUAUUUCUUGCGUCUUACAAAUGUAAAUUUGCAGCGUGCUCAGAUCGCUCAGAAACAUGUCUGAAAAGGCUACAGAAACCGUACAUAGUUCUGACUCCUCACAGCAGACUUCCCAGUCUGCUCUGCUUCAUUGACAUUGUAACUGCAUGGGAUGUCAAACAGCACUUGAACAAAAAGUAACGUAAACAAUAGAUUGUAGCAAUUAUAAAAAAUGCAACAAAAAAUCAAUAAAUGGUUAUAAGAUUCA